AGCGAAACUGAUGGGAUUCGGUGUGCGUGCCUGAGGCGCACAAGCUGGCCGUCACUAGAAGUUCCAUUUCCACCACUCCGCUGCAAUUCAACUUCUGCACCUAUUGCAUCAACACAGACUAGACUACCCACCAGCCAAUGAGCCACAAUGGCGGUCAACAGCGACGAAUCUUCCAAUCUGGAGGACAUCGAAGGUGCUUUUCGAAGCUUGUCUCUUCGUUCGGCAGAAGACCCCAACGCCCUCGCGGUGUUGGCACAGGCCAGCCGAUCGAAUGAAGCGGUGCGUGAGCAGCUCGCAGAUCCGAAGAUCCUUCGCAUCCUCGUCGAUACGGUGGAGUGCAGCGUCAACGACGCCGUGGACACUGCAGAGCUGGCCCUCCGGUGCAUUGGAAACGCAUGCAUCGACAACAACGCCGCAAGGGAACAAGUCUGCAAGCUGGGAUUCUCUUGGGCGAAGCUGUGUCUUCCAGUCGUCGAUGCUGUGGAUGGGGCAUACGACUCCACACUCGCGGUGUUGACGGCCAAGGUGCUCUACAACAUCUGCUCCGACUAUGAAGCAGCGCAGCAGCAAUGUUUCGAAGAGCACAUUCAUCACUCUUUAAUUCGCCUCUGCUCGUCGCGGGCCGUGGUGGAUGGCAGCGAAAAGUCAUUGUUCAUCGAACUACUCUUCUGGAUAUGCAGUCACAUGCAACCUGAUCGAGACACACUGCCUACUAACGUCCUACCCGAACUUGUCGCGCUACCCAACUUGCACAAAGGUACGCUGGACCCGGAAGAUUUUGCGUUUCUGGUAGAGACUUGUUUGCUAUUCCUCCGCGAACCAGCCGUCAAGCGUGAUCUUGUCGCUCACAAGCUGGUUAAGGAUGUCUGGCAGAUGCUGCAAAUGAACGAGGAGACCGUCAUCAUGCUGCACGACAACGAGGACGAUCGACGGCUUCUGGCUCCUCUCACCACCGCUAUCAUCUGGAUUCUGUCGGAUCUGGCAGCGAGCACGGAGUUUGCGGCGACGUAUCCUGUCGGUGAUCAAUGGCUGCAGAAUGUGGUCGUCGUUACCAUCUACGCUGCAGACGUCACCCACGAGGAUUUCCAAAGCACUAUCAGGCUCGUCGAUGCCGCAUGUCAAAUCAUGGGCAACCGUCUCUGGGCAGUCUCUGAGCCCGUCGACACGGACAGCGAACACCAGAUCGGAGGCCUCUUCCGACCACUCCUGGCCAUAUUGACGACUAGCCAAGAUGUCGAGCUCCUCCAUUCGGCUGCUGGCUUGCUCAUUCAGUUGGCACGAUUGUAUGCUGAAGUACGCGAGUCCGUCGGAGCGGAUCCAGAGAGCCAGAGCAUCAUCCAAAAGCUUUGCAACCAUGGCAUGCCGCAAUUGAAGCAGGAUGGCAUUGCCCUGCUCAAGGUCCUUGGCAAAAACUCGCCCGGGAAUCAGGAGAAGUUGGCGAACCUAGCGCGAGAGAUUCUCGAGUCUUCCGCCGAAGCUACUGACAGCGCCAUGAUCGAAGCGUGAGCUGGAAA